AUGUCGACGGAAAAGAAAUCUGUCGUAAACAGCUCAUCGUGGGCCGUCACUGACGACAGUCAAGUGCGCCCUGCCUUUUUCUCAUUCAAGGAUAUUGAUUGCAGAUUGAAAGUCCGAGGUGAAUGGAAGCAAUUGUUACAUAGUGUCAAUGGAUAUGUCAAGCCUGGUGAAUCUUUGGCCAUUAUGGGUCCAUCUGGUGCUGGUAAAAGUACCUUGUUGGAUGUCAUUUCUUUCAGGAAAACCACCGGAGAAUGGACUCACGAUGUCCGUCUGAACGGUGCACCAUUGACUCGUCGUGAAUUCAUCCAAAACAACGGUUACGUUACAUCCGAUGACUUGUUGCCACCAGAAUUGACCACUCGUGAAGCUUUGGAGUUCUGUGCUGCUCUUCGUUUACCUGAGAACUGGACCGCAGAAGAAAGAAAAGCACGAGUUGACGAUGUCUUGACAUUAAUGCAGCUCACCUAUGUCGAACACAACAAGAUCGGAUCUGCUUUGGUCCGUGGUUUGUCAACUGGUGAACGAAAGCGUGUCAACGUCGCCGUCGAAAUGUUGCCAGUAGCAUCAGUAUUGUUCUUGGACGAACCCACUACUGGUUUGGACAGUGCAACCGGUCGGGCUAUCAUUGAAAACGUCAACGAAGUCGUCCGUCUCCGUAAAUUAGCUUGCAUUGCCACAAUUCACCAGCCCUCCUACACCAUUUUGUCUCAAUUCGACAACCUUUUACUCCUCUGUCCCGGUGGAAAGACCUGUUACUUUGGUAAAACCGCUGAUGCCAUCUCCUACUUCGAAAGGUUGGGAAUUCCAAUUGUCGGCAACCCAGCUGAAAUCUACGCAAACGAACAAGCUGCUCAAGCCGAUUUCCUCAUUUCCUCAUGGAAUGCAUCCACCGAAUGUGCUGCUCUUGCCAAGAGAGUGAACGACAUUCACUCCGGUCAAGGCUCAAUCAACAACUAUGAAGCCUUCCACUUGAAAAAAGCUACAUUCUGGGAAUCAAUGGGUUUCUAUCAACUCGCUUCUAGUCGUAUCCAAUUCUACCAUUUGAUGUUGCGUCAAUUGAGAAUCUACUGGAGAAACCCUCUUAUGUCUACAACUCGAUUCAUCUCCGCUCUCGUCGUCGGUCUAUUCUGUGGUGGCGCUUUCUAUGGCCAAGAUGCAGGUUUCUACGGUCACGUCGGAAAGGAUGCUCUUGGUUUCACUAUAACACUGAUGGUUCCUGGAUUCGGUUCUGCUGCUAUUGCAUACUGGCUUGAACGUCGUAAAUCAUACUACCACGAGGAGGCCGCAGGUUACUACAACAAGCUCUGGUACUUGCUUUCACAAUAUGUCGUCGAAGUCAUGUUCGCUGGAACCAUGUGCGCUUGCGUCGCAUUCAUCGCUCUCCCCAUGGCUGGAUUUGACAACAAGAACUUGGCUGAAUCUGGAUUUACCCUCUACCUUGAAGCUAUUUGUGUUUCAUCCCUCAACAUGAUCUGUGCUUACAUUGCUGGAUCCAUUCCAUACGCCAACGCUGCCUUCACCAUUCACUACUUCUUCUUCCUCUUCUGGACCAGUACAUAUUGUCCCGACAACUUCAUCUUACCCAGAUCGUCACCCGUCAAAUACUUCUUCGCUUGGUUGUCAUACGACCGUCUGUGGUUCUACCCUCUCAUGAGAAACGAAUAUCUCGGCCACCCAGUCACCUGUGCCAAAGAUGAAUUGGUGCCUCUUGAUGUCAACACUGCCUUAUACCAAGGAUUGGGUGAUACCGCAAUGGCCAUGGCCGUGAAAGCUGCUCCCGCUUUGAACUCCACCAUCACCCCUCUUGAACACAUAGUCUUCGCUACAGCUGCUCAAAACGCCUCUUUGACUCAGUUGUUUACACUCGCUGGAAGUGUUGCCAACUUUGGCGGCGCCCUGGCCGUCCCUGGCUUAUCUGCUACUACCCAGGCUUACAUCACUGGCCAAUACACUGCUGCAGCUGCCGCUUACGGCAAGUAUGCUGGUAUUGAUGCAACCAACGCUGCAACUCUCUCUUCCUCUGUUACCCUCGCUUUGGAGGCUCAAAGUAGUUUGGCUUUAUCAGGCAUCCUCAUCUCUGCUCCAGUCCCAACAAUCGACUCAUGUCUAAUUACCGAUGGAGAGUCUGGUUUAGCAGCCAUCGUUGGAAUGACCUUAUACACCACAUAUGCCAACGGCUCGGUCUCUGGUAAAGAUGUCGACCACUGGGAUGUAACACCUAAUGGAUUAUUGUAUGGUCUCCAAGUCGUCUAUGGUGCUUUCUACUUCGUAUUAGCAUGGGCUGCUCUCCGGUCUUGCAACUUUAGACAAAAGUAG